UGUGCGAACGCUUGUGCUAUGUGACGAAACUAUAAUUUCAGUGUUAAUACCAAUGUGACUAAUAGCCUGAUUAAUUUGUUUUACGCGUGGUUUAAUCAGCGAGACUGUUUUACCGCCCCUCAUUGGAUUUUUGGGACUUCUGUCACAGAAGGAACAAACAAACCUAAUGAGCGGCUUCAAGCGUAGCCCCAGCAAAGUGUGGUGGGGUAACGACAGCCUGGAGUGGCGCGAAAUUUCCGCCAGCCCCGGAAGCCAAGACUCCGGAUUUUCCGACACCGAAACCUCCCCCCACCUCCACGCCAACAACAACAAAAACUCCUCCGACACCCCCAAGAAGUCAUCCCCAGCCCAAAGGAUACCAAAGGACAUAUUCAAGGAACUCACCUCCGAGCAGGCGAAAGAGAACCUGUCGACGAAUUACAAAGAGAAAACCACCCCAGAGAAAGUGAAAAUAACGCAAGAAAGACUGGUAAAGUCCGAAGUGAAAGCCACCCCGAAAAAAACUCAGGAUCCGGCGCCCAGUAACACCGUCCCAGCGCGGAAGCACAGAUUCACCAAAAAUUCCCCCAAAGUUAGCAGAAAUUUAUUCAACUCGAAACAAAAAGAAUGCAAGAACGCGAUUGAGGCUCAUCAGUAUUCCAGGGAGCACGCCAGAGAAACAACACAUUCAACGUUUCUUAACACCAGUGAAGAAGACGCAGUUGAUGACAGCUACUCAUGGCGUUCUAGUAAUACCGUCGACGAGAGUUUCGAGAACGUCAGGGUUCGUACUUUGCCCUUGAUCAGUGCGGGAAAGGUUCCGGUGGAACUGGACACUUCGGCACCGGCAGUGUUGGGAAAUUUUAAGGAGGACGAGUAUGGCGCCGGUUUCAGUAACUCCCUCUCUAGUGACUGUGAGAGUGAACUAGAAUGUCUCUUCAACGGUGCGGACUCUCCCAAGCACACCUCGACGCCCAAAGCUGGACCCGGCACCAAGAUGUGCCAGAGACGAGAUAAACUUUCCUUGAACUUGUGCCUCAAGUACCACCAAGAAAGAGUUCCCCCUAUCCCCUCGAACGGCAUCGACGUCGAUAACAAAGCCGUACAAAGGUGGAUGGACGAAGCCAGACAGAACUACGAGCAAGAAUGCAUGACUACCCUCCAGUGCAAAUCCAUAGCAGGGGAGCUGAACCAAAAAGUGUCCCACCUGGCGUCUUGUCUGACGACGACGCUAAGGGGCAUACUUUCUCAUGCUAGAUGUAUCGAGAUGGAGUACAAGAAACUUAAUAGUGAAAAGAAACACAUAGAACCUUUAGUCCAAAGCUUAGUCGGUAACAUAUUAGACUUUCUGAAUACCAACACUCGAGACAUCAGCCCUAACAUGCUAAAACUUUGCGACGACAUCCGCCUAGCCAAAUCAGACGAGUCCCUUAAAGUCGUACCCACAUUAUAUGCGGAAUGGGAGAACGUCUACCAAGAAAUUCUAGUCAGAGAAGUGAAAAGGAUGAUGGACAAAUUAGAAAAUCCCACUUCUGAAUUGGACUUGCGCGCUACCGUCACUGGAAUCACCUCUCUAGCUCUUCGCAACGAAGAACUAAUAGAGAUGUUCACUAAAGCGGACGUCAUACCGAUUCUCUUGAUCCUCUGCGAAAAAUGCGAGGGUUCUUCAAUGAGAAGUUUGAUACUGCGGGCCCUAUCCACUAUGUGCUGCAACUCCUCUGCCGUAAGGCAACUCGAAAAGUUCUCAGGCGUGCAAAUAAUAGCAGAAACCUUGGAAGAGGACAGCAGACCUGAGCCUGAGAGAUCUGAAGCUGUCGCUUUGCUAGCGCAAGUAACGGCGCCUUGGCUGGAAGACAACCACUGCGUCAAAGGUUUACAAGAUUACUCCAGGAAACUGGUAAAAUCCUUGACGAAGUUCGCUGCUGUCACGAAAUGUUGCCAAAAUCUUCUUCUCUGCGCGGCAGCUUUAGCAAACCUCAGCACCAUGGACCCAAAGAGUAUUAAGCAUAUGAUCCACGCUAAAACGGCCAAAGUAAUGUUAGAAGGUGUCAAGAUUAAAGGACCUAGAGCAUCAAUUUAUCUCCUUGAACAAGUAGCGACUUUAAUAGCGAACAUGUCCGCGAUAGACCUGGCUAGAAAGCAACUCACCAACAUCAAAGCUUCGGGAGUGUUGCUCUGUUUCCUGAAAACAAACUUCGUAGGGGAAGACGUGGAAAGGAGACUUCAGCAGAAGAGUAUCAUCGCUCUGUCUAGGUUAUGUGGACAGAAGGAAGCCGCAACACAGGUUGUCGAGCUUGGGGGGGUAGAAAGGCUAGUCAAAAUGUGUCGAGAGAAGAAUGAGAGGCAUGACAGUGACGCGGUUUUGGUGGCAGCUCUGGCUACACUUAGGAAAAUCGCGGAUGCAUGUGGUGCAGACGUCUUAAGUGCUCAAGACGCUCAAGAGCUGGUGGAGCCGAAAUUACUCGACUCAUUUUUAGCCUAUUCGACUCAAAACGAAAGCUACGUGUAAUCUGUAUAGUGCCUUAUAAAACUUAUUUUAUCGGUAUUUGAUGUACAAGUAACGAAAAAUCGUUUCAAUUUUUUCUCUGAGUGUAACAGUAAUUGUAUUAACCUGCCAUAUGACUUGUGUUAUACGUUUAAUUUUUAUAAAAUUGUUUUGUGCUAUUAAAUCGUUUAUGUUUUGUUAUUUUUGUAAUUUAUUUUCUAGGCUCGGUUUAGAUCAUUUUCCUAUUAUUCGUAGAAUGAUGUAAAUAGUUCCAAAUAUUUCUUAACAUUGUAGAAGUCCAAAAAACAAUUUUCUAGAAAAUAUCAAAACUAACAGGUAAACCAUUGUUUGUGCGUGUACUAAAGAAAGUAAAGUAGGUAUUUUAUAGAAAAUUUAACGGGGCUUUUCAUCUUAUAUUUGCAGAAAGUAGUAAAUUAAUAGAAUGCAGCUACAUAUACCUAUAUAAUACUGGCUAUACCUAUUCAUUUAUUAUUAUUUUACUCUCCAUUUAAUUAUGUUUUUUUAACCGUAAAAUUUGCUAAAACGUCAUCUAUUUCUCAUCAAUAAAAUUUCACCUUCGUUUCUCAUAUGACCAUUUUAACUGUGGGUACAUAUUUCAAAUAAGCUGUGUAAUAAUGAAAUAUAUUCAACAGUUACAGCAAUUACAUUUAUUUUACAGUAUAUAUGGCUUAGUUCAAAUUUGUAACUUUUUGCAAAGAUAAGAUGCAAUUUUAUUUUUUUUAUUCACUUUUUAUUUUAAAUUAGCAGAUAAGUAUAUAGGUACCUUUGUGGGAAUUGUAAACAAUGUUUCUAAUAUAUGUUAACAUAUUAAACAAAAGGUUGACAAAAUUUUACAUAGAUGUUAGAUGAGUGAGGAUAUUACAUUUACUCAAUGUAUAUUGAGUACAGUACAAUUCAAACACUUCAGGUACCUAAAGCUAGUCUUUUUAGUUAUAAAAUUGUUUAGUUGUAAAAUGGAAGUUUAAUCUGAAACCACAAUGUACAUAGACGUUUCUAGACAAUACCUCUGUGGCUUAUAUAUGUGGUAGAUACUAGUGACGAGUUUUUGUGUUCUGCACGAUGUGUCUUAUUCUGGACACACAGUUACCAAAUAAUAUA